GUUUAUUCCUUUCUAAACAAUAAUAUGUGUUGGGGGAAAUCGUUAGAUAACACUGUUAGGCGCAUACCAGGAACGUUUCAAAUAUGAACAUGGCGGAUCAAAAUGAGCUGGAUGCAAUUCAAACUUGCAUGCUGGAAAUGGACGAGUCUGACAUGCAGUAUGAGGUAGAGAGACCGUUUCCCUACAGCCCUCAGGCAGGAUUAUUCUUCAGUAUGACCCAUGAGGAGAAAAUAGAUUCCGAUAGGAGAUCUAUCUAUGUGGGGAAUGUGGAUUAUGGAGCAACUGCAGAUGAAUUGGAGAUGUACUUUAAUGGCUGUGGCCACGUUAACAGAGUUACAAUCCCGUAUAAUAGAUUCACAGGCCAUCCAAAAGGAUUUGCCUAUGUUGAGUUCUCAGAGAGGGAGUCUGUGAGGACUGCCUUGACUUUAGAUGAAACACUAUUCAGAGGACGCAUCAUUAAGGUAUUGCCAAAAAGAACAAACAUUCCAGGUUUCAGGACUACAGACGCAUACUUGCGUGGAGGUUGGUCCCGAGGACGAGGUUUCCGUGCCUCGAGGUUUUAUAACCCGUUCAGAGGCUUCAUUAGGGAAAAUGGAAGAGCUCAUCCUUGGGUUGAUUCUUUUUGAUAUCCAUUUUUGACUUUUCUGUUAUGUUCAAAGCACUUCUUGGUGCUGAUUAAUUUAUGUUUCAGUAAUUGCAUGACGGGAGCUCAGUUAUUAUUUUGUGUGUGUAUGUAGCUUGAAUGACACUACAAAAACGGAGACCUGAUUUAUAUUGAGUGGUUAGUAUUUUAUUUAUUAUAUUUUAGUCAAUUUCUUUAAAAUACUAUGCCUGUGAGAGGCUGAGAUGUCUUGUGAAUUUCAGUACUUUGUCUAUUUUUGAAAUUUUCAGUGCUCAAAUUUGUCAGAUCAAUGUAAAUAAAAUCUAUAUUAUCACA